UGCGGCCGCUCGCUCGUUCUCGUUUCUGAUUGGUCCGGAGGGUUAACUCCUUUACGGCCGCGCGCCGCCUCCUCCUCUCCUCUCUGCUGAAGAAACCAACAUGGAGACAGCUGGGAAAGUGAUCAAGUGCAAGGCAGCUGUGGCCUGGGAACCUGGGAAGCCUCUCUCCAUUGAGGAGGUGGAGGUGGCUCCACCCAAUGCCCAUGAAGUUCGCAUCAAGCUGUUUGCCACCGGGGUGUGUCACACGGAUGCCUACACUCUGAGCGGCAGUGACCCCGAGGGGCUUUUCCCCGUCAUCUUGGGUCACGAGGGUGCUGGAACAGUGGAGAGCGUUGGUGAGGGUGUCACCAAGUUCAAGCCAGGCGACACUGUCAUCCCGUUGUAUGUGCCGCAGUGUGGUGAAUGCAAAUUCUGCAAAAAUCCCAAGACCAACCUGUGCCAGAAAAUUCGAAUUACCCAGGGCCAGGGCCUCCUCCCCGACAAGACCUCACGCUUCACCUGCAAGGGGAAGCAGGUGUUUCACUUCAUGGGGACCAGCACCUUCUCGGAGUACACCGUCGUGGCCGACAUCUCGCUGGCCAAGGUGAACGAGAAGGCCCCAAUGGAUAAAGUGUGUCUUCUUGGAUGUGGCAUCUCUACAGGUUACGGCGCUGCUCUUAAUACUGCCAAGGUCGAGCCCGGUUCUACAUGUGCUGUUUUUGGCCUUGGAGCUGUUGGCCUAGCUGUUAUUAUGGGCUGCAAGGUUGCUGGGGCAACCAGGAUAAUUGGUAUAGACCUCAACCCCGCCAAGUUUGAGAUAGCCAAGGAGUUCGGAGCCACUGAGUUUGUGAACCCCAAGGACCACAGCAAGCCCAUCCAGGAGGUUCUGGUGGAGAUGACUGACGGGGGUGUGGACUAUUCUUUCGAGUGCAUCGGAAAUGUGCAAAUCAUGAGAGCUGCUCUGGAGGCGUGCCAUAAAGGAUGGGGUGAAAGUGUCAUCAUCGGUGUCGCCGGAGCUGGACAGGAGAUCUCGACCAGACCAUUCCAGCUGGUGACAGGCCGAGUGUGGAGGGGCACGGCCUUUGGAGGGUGGAAGAGUGUGGAGAGCGUUCCCAAACUGGUGGAAGACUACAUGAGUAAGAAGCUGAAGGUGGAUGAGUUUGUGACCCACACGCUGCCCUUCGAGAAGAUCAAUGAAGGAUUUGAGCUCAUGCACGCUGGAAAGAGUAUCCGCACAGUGCUGACCUUCUGAAGUGCCUGAAACACGACCUCUUUCACAUCCGGCCUUUAAAAAAGCUCCCUCCAUGGUUGCAGCAGCACUUAAUGUUUCUCUCUGCACUUGUUAAUUUGUUUAGAUGACAAAGGUUUCAGUAUUAGAACAACAGCAGUUUAACUAUUUGACGCAAAAACUGUCAUUAAAGUUGUUUGAAACUAUGA